CCAGUGUGCAGGUGAGUUCGCGCCUCCUCUCAGCCUCCGGACAACGAUCGAUUGGUUUUCUUCUGGGAAAUUGUAUCGUGCAUGAGUAGUACGAACAUCAAGGUCUUUUAACAAUUUUUCUUCCCUUUCUUUCGUCUUUCUUCUCUCCGCAUUUUUGUUUACGCCAUGGAUGUCCCUGAGCCCGAUCAGAGCCCGUUUACUGCGGUGACUGUACAGACGUCGAAGCUCAACAGGGGGAUGUCGCUCACAGUGUUUAAGCAAUACCAAACCCUCCUCGAUGCCUCAACACCCUUCACGGCCUACCGCUGGGUCGGCACCGUCGUCCUGCUUCUUAUAUUCUUUCUGAGAAUUGUCCUAGCUCAGGGCUGGUAUAUCGUCGCAUACACUCUAGGCAUCUACCUUCUCAACCUCUUCCUUCUCUUCCUUCAACCAAAGUUCGACCCCUCUCUUACCCAGGAUGAGGGUCUCGAGGAUGGCGAUGCAGCCGCAUCCCUGCCCACCAAGCAAGAUGACGAGUUCCGUCCAUUUAUCCGUCGCCUCCCGGAAUUCAAGUUCUGGCAUAGCGCUACCCGCGCCAUCGCCAUUGCCUUCGUGUGCAGCUGGUUCGCCGUCUUUGAUAUCCCUGUGUUCUGGCCUGUGCUUGUGGUGUACUGGAUUAUCUUGUUUGUUUUGACGAUGCGUCGACAGAUCCAGCAUAUGAUCAAGUACCGCUACGUGCCUUUCUCCUUUGGAAAGGCCAAGUACGGCCAGUCAUAAAUUGGAAAUUGAAUCGUCCGCCUCCCGAUGAUGAUCCUCGGGUUCAAUUGAGCGGGAUAUGGCAGGCUUGGCUUCUGCAUGUCUUCUUAGCUCGCUUCACUUUCUAAUUCGGCCACUUUUGACAUGAUUAACGUGAUCUUCGGUUAGCCAAAAAGAAGAUGAUAAAAUCAAGGAAGAGAGGAUCUUGAUAUUAAUUAUUGAUGAAUGACUGUUCAUGUCAUC